GUGUCUGAAAAGUGUUCCCUAUUUUAUUUUGAGUAGAGUAUUAACAUAUUUUUUGCAACAAAUUUUUUACAGUUUUUUUAAGGAGAAGUUAUAUAAUCUUCUGUGCAAUAAAUGCGCAAAAAAAAUCAGAAGUAAUUAUGCCAUUAAUAGCAAUUCAGUAGUAUCAAUUAUUGUAAAAUAAAGGUUAGAACAAUAGACACUAAAGAAGGGUGGAAAUGUCAGUUAUUAUUAAAUAUGUAAUAGCCAGGCUUAACAGCUCAUUUCAUCUCAUUGUUUUCAAAUUUGACAAACCUACGAGUUUAAUGUAAUUAUUAUUAAACUGAUUAUCAAUGUAAUAUUGUGAUCUUACUAUUUCUGGUUCGAUUUAAGAGUUGCGUUUCAAGACUGAAAGUAACAGUGCAGAGUUCGAAAAAAAUGUCUAAAUAAAAUCACAUACCAAAUAUUUUUUUAACACUUUUAAGAUCUGUUAUGACUGUUGCUGAUCUUUUCUUGAUUGCAUUAAGAUUAAAUUAUACUAUAUAAGAUAGAUAUAAUAUGUCUAAUAAGUAUUUAAAAUAUAUGUAUAUUAAUUUGAGGAUAAAAUAUCAUUUCAACUUUUGUUUAAGUCACUGAUAAUAAAAUUAUUUUAUUUACAUAUUUAAAUAUGAUAAAAAUAUUUAAUCCAAAAACAUUUUAAAAUUCAGUUUUUUCUUUAAUUUAAUAUCUAUCAUCUAUACAUUCAGUUAUAGUGUAACUUUUGUGAUAUGUUAUUAUUUAUGAAAAUAAAAAAUAUAAGUCACAAAAAUGAUUUGUGUUGCAUUUAUGCCAUUUAUGUAGUCUCAUAUAAAUUAAAUAUAUAAAAUAAUUAAUAUUACAUCAUCAUUUUUACAAUAUAUUCUAAUGAUUGUACGUUUUAAUUAUUAUUAAUUAAUGCUUUACAUGCUCAUGAUUUUUGUUUGUUAAUUGAAUAACAAUUGAGUAGUAAUUGAAUAAUAGCAAAAAAAAGAAAAGAAAUUGGUACUAUUGAACAAUAACGAAAAGAAGAAAAAAACCCGAUUCACUAUAGAUUUCAAGAGCCUUUUACUCAUUACGAAUAUUUAACUUUUGCCUUUUCUUCGCUUUUCUACGUGAGAGGAAUCGAUAGAAUGACCUCCACAUUGUCGCGCCACCAUUACCCGAAGAUUCAUGAUUCUUUAAUGACUCUCGUCGUACGUUAUGUACAUCCACGCAACGAUCUCGUUAUGGCUUUCUAGAACAUUACGUGUGGUUAAUAUCUGCGACAUACGUGUGGAAAGCGCGAGUGCAAAAAAAAAAGGGAAUUCUCUAAACGAUGCGCUUUCAACACACCAAACGAGUGUCCGCGGUCUGUCUCGCGGAGAAUGAUAUUCCUCAAUUGUGUACGCGAAGCAGAGUGCCGUCUUUGCACGAGCACGCUACGAUGUCGACCACAUUAACAGCCCUUCACGACGAAGAAGUGGUUAGGGUCUCGUGCCACAAAUCUCUCGAAGAAGUGUUAAAAACUGUUAUUAUAUCACUCUCGAAAACGUGUUAUUACAUCGCUGAUUUAAAGCCUCAAGUGGUCUGCGUUCUUUCAAUGUCAAGAGUUUACGAGCAAUUUAACGGAACCUGAUUCACGGUUCUACUACUUACGAAUUAUGAAUUUAUCGUUAAUCUAAUUCCACAUCCGGAAUUAGAUUGACAAACGGCGUCUAUGAAGAUUAACGUUUGUAUCUGAUAUCUAAUAAAUUCAUUCAUGUAGUAUAUCAUUAUUUUAAAUUAUUAACGCUUUCUUACGACUGAGUUGUAAUACUUCCAACCGGAUCGAAAGUGUAUUACGGAUACAUAAUAAUUACGGAUGAUUUGACGAAAGACGACGUCUGUAAAGCGAGUUAGACACGAAACUUCUUUCAUUUUCUCUUUACAUACUGCUAUAUAUAUAUAUAUAUAUAUAUAUAUAUAUAUAUAUAUAUAUAUAUAUAUAUAUAGCUUCAGCUUUUCCAGUAAACUAUCGUCAAGGAACAAAUUAAAAAUGAAAGAAACAUGAAUCUUCAUAACAUCUCGUAAAUUAAUUUUAUUUUUUACGUGACGCUGACUUUUUAAUAAUGUAUUAAAUAACAAAAGUGUAUAUACAUCAAAUUUUUUGAUGCAUACUGGAUAACAUAAAUAUUAUUGUACAAUGCAAUUUUUUAAUUAAAUAAAAAUAUUACAUUGUUAUCUAAUUCGUCUUAAUAUAUUGCAAAUACUUUACAUUUUUCAGUGCUUCAUGUCAAAGAAAUAUUACUUAAUAUUAACGAAAUGAAAAAAGACGUUUAUUAACACGAAUAUUAGAUUGUUUAGAAAUGAGACAGCAAUAACUCUGACGAACAUCUUUUCCUCUCUCUUUCUAUUUGCUUUAUAAUGAUUAUAAUUAAUUAUUAUCGAUUAUGUACGUAUCCGUAUUAUUUUACUUUUAAUUUUCGGCAUUAGAGAGACGUAAAAGUUCAAAUAUCACUGCGUUGAAAGUGUUCACACAUUAAACGAUUAUCUGUGACGAACAUGUUUACACAUCGCCGACCGUCAAUCAGUGUAGACAUUCGCACAACAGAAAUGCAACAGAGUUUGAGCCAAUGCUUGACUUACGCUAAUAUUAACUCUUUACCUAGAAUAACCAGGUUGACGUGCUAUUUCCAAAGUAGUUUACGCUCUUCUUUAACAGUAUGUCAUAAAUUCUUACUUAACUGUUCAAUUUACGACGUUAGAAGAUCGCACAUAGUUAAGGAAAGAGAGGGGAAGGGGCUGUCUUUAGAGAACUGUAAAGAAAAGGCUAUCAAAGAGAAAGUCAUGUAAUUAGUAUAUAUAUUAGCGUUAUUCUUGGUCUUAAUAUAAAUGAGAAAUUUAAGAUUAUAGAUGGAAAGAAAUUUAUCAAUUAAGCAUGGAGAUCAUUAUUCGUGACAGAAUCAAUUAUAAUUCUUAUUAAAGCCCGCUUUAUAAAACGCAAUAAAAUAGAAAGAAAUUCUUUUUAUAAUUUUACAUGUCAGAUAAUAUUUGAAGAAUUGGCACACGCACUCACAAAAUACAUUAGGGUAAAGUUGCCUAUUAUGAGAUACCUUUUUUUAAAUGCUUAUAAAUUUUUAAAUUUAUAACAUUAACUUGUAUUUUUAUGUUAAAAUGAUAGAAAAUAUAUUUAAGUUUCAUCACCAAAAGUCAGUAAUCAAUAAUAGCUAUACUUUAUUUUAUAUGAAUUUUUUUAUCAAAAGGGCCAAUUUUGCUAUUUCAAAAAAAAGGGUUCCUAAUAUGAGACAUAAGGAUUUCCUUAUAUGAGAUAGUAUCUCAUAAUAGGAAACCAAGAAAAAAAGAAAAACUUUGUAUAUAAACACUUUUAUUAUAUAAAAGUAGAGAUAUAAUAAAUUUUAAUUUUAAUUAUACUUAGUAAUUAUAAUUUUUUGGUGGUUUUAAUCAAAACAUAAUAAUCCUAAGACUAGGAAGCAAUCACAAUUAGUGCAUCAAACUUAUAUACUUAUUAUAAAAUAUAUUUAAGUUUUAAGUUAAGAGCUACUGCUUUUCUGUUUUCUGCUUUUCUGUCAAGGUGGAAAUUUGCUGUUAAACUUUUCAAUUUUUAAAAAUGAAGCAAAACUUAAACUCUUUAAUUUUCGGAAAUUAAAUAAAAUUUGAACUUUUUAAUCAUAAGAAGAAUCUGGCCAUAAACUAUAAAUAGUAAAACAACUAAAUGUGACCACAAAUAGCGCAGAAAAACCUCUCAGAUUUUACUUCACCACAUUGUUCAUGAGCCCAUUUAAGACAAACUUGACAAAUUUUCCACUUCUCUCUACGUAAAUCUUCUGAAAAUAGUCCUGAACAAAAUGGACAUUGUGCAUCAUUAUUUUCAGAAAACAAUUCACUAGAUUAAUGUGGAAUUACAUUAUUAUCAUCUUCGCUUGAAGAUUAAAGUUUUUUUUAAAUCUUUUUAGUUUUAUUUUUACCUCGACUUUUAUUUUUUGCAGUAAUUUUUAACUCUUUUUCUUUUUUUCUUUUUAAAGAAUCUUCUACUUGUUUUUUAUAGGGAGAAAAUGUAACUAAAUGGGCAAAUUGUGCACGUGUAGAUUUAUUCUGGUUUUGUGUAAUUGUUGGAACAGGUUUUAUUUGAAAUUGUGACAUCAUAACUUCUGUAUCUUGACUUGGUCCUUGUAUGUCUUGAGAACAAUCUGGAAUAGGGCUAAGAUUGUCAGAAACGUUUUAGUUUUCUUUAUUUGCUUCUAUAGAUAAAAUUUCAUCAUCGUUAAUAGCACUAGGGCAGUCUAUGACUGGAGAAGGAUUUUCAGAGCCGUUAUAAAUUCUGAAAUGUUCCUCACCAAAGACGUGGCGGUUACAAGGAAAUAGAUCAGUCUUUCUAAAAG